UCUGCGUGCUUUCAUAAACAAACUGCAUUCUUGUUCCGCAGAGGAACGCAUUGCCCUCUUGUUUGUCACCCUGCCAGCAUUGUCAGGGCUCCGGCUCCUGUUUUGAAAAAAAGAAAGAAAAGGGCUCUGGGAGAACUUUGUUAUCGAGUCAGAGCAGAAAGGCGGGCUCCCCGGUACAACAAAAACAAUCAGAGCUGUUUUUUCCCCCAACGGUCAGCGCGUGGAGAGCUGUAGCACCGAGCUAAGCUGGACUUCACGGUCUAACAUCGACCUUUUCCUUCUGUUAUUGAACUGUCAGUCACUGUAAACCGCUUUGUUAACUCUGAACAGCUUCGGUUUUAGCAGACAUGGUGAAGCUGACAAAAGCCAAGACUUUCCAGGCUUACCUGGACUCUUGCCACCGCCGUUACAGCUGCGUGCACUGCCGCGCCCAUCUGGCAAACCAUGACGAUCUUAUCUCAAAGUCAUUUCAAGGCAGCCAAGGACGAGCAUACCUCUUUAACUCAGUGGUUAAUGUGGGCUGUGGUCCUGCUGAGGAGAGGCUGCUGCUGACAGGACUCCAUGCAGUGGCUGACAUUUACUGUGAAAACUGCCACACCACUCUGGGCUGGAAAUAUGAGCAGGCCUUCGAACUCAGCCAGAAGUACAAAGAGGGGAAGUACAUCAUCGAGCUGUCCCAUAUGAUAAAGGACAACGGCUGGGAUUGAAUAACGAAACUGCAAUGUUUCGAGACUUUUUAAAAAGAGGAAGAAA